AUUGCAUCCCCAAGCACGGGAUUUCUUGACCAAAGCUUUCAAAAUUUUCAAAUUAUUUUAGGUCUCAACAAUUUGGUUUCCAUUGAAUGGCUAAAUUUUGAUGUGGGUUUGUGCAGAUUUUUCUGACUGUAUUUUGGCUGAUGGUUCUAAGUACUAAACUAUGCAGGAAGUUCAUGAUUACUUUAAAAGUCUUUGUCCUGAUUUGCAUGUUACUCGAGGUGAAUAUGAUGAAGAUUCUCGUUAUCCUGAGAACAAGACUUUGACAAUUGGACAAUUCAAGCUUGGAAUAUGUCAUGGCCACCAGGUUAUUCCAUGGGGAGAUUUGGAUUCACUGGCAAUGCUACAAAGGCAACUGGAUGUGGAUAUCCUUGUAACAGGUCACACACAUCAGUUCAAAGCAUACAAGCAUGAGGGUGGCGUCGUCAUAAAUCCUGGUUCUGCUACUGGCGCCUAUAGUAGUUUCACAUAUGAUGUUAACCCAAGCUUUGUGCUCAUGGACAUUGAUGGUCUACGAGUUGUUGUUUAUGUCUAUGAACUAAUUGAUGGAGAAGUCAAGGUCGACAAAAUUGAUUUUAAGAAGACAGCAACUACUCGCUCAGCUCAUUGACUCAACUCAAGCAUGUGACGAUACUAAAGGACCUUGCCUUGCCUUUGGUUUAUUGAACUAAAAUAAUAGAUAAUAGCUUUUAUUCAAUCAGUUGAUGCUGUUCCAUGGGGAAGUUCUUUCAUCAUGUAUGACUGGUUGAUCUUUCUGUUUCAUGCCAAAAAGAAUAUAGUUUGAAGUGAAGUGUUUAAUGCCAAGAAGAAUAUAGUUUGAAAUGAAGAAUAUUUUGAAAA